AUGCGUGUUGGUUUUCUGGGUUUGGGGUUCAUGGGCACCCCGAUGGCCCUGAACCUCGCUCACAAAUUUCCACUGACCGUGUGGAACCGGACUGCUUCCAAAUACCCAGCGCUCACAAAAGUUGGUGCUAAGAUCGGCGAUACACCGGCGGCGGUGGCCCAUCAAUCUGAUGUGAUCUUCACUAUGCUCUUCGACGGCCCAGCGUUAAUCUCGAUUUUCAACAAGGACUUUAAAUCGGCACUCCGCGGCAAAACUUUGAUAAACACGAGCUCGAUUCCGUUGGAAGUCAGCAGACAGGUAGCGGAUCAUGUUCACAAAGCGGGAGGCAACUUCCUCGAAAUGCCGGUCAGCGGCAGCAAAAUCCCGGCGGAGCAGGGUAAAUUAGUGGGUCUCAUGGCCGGCGAUCCGGCCGUGGCGGAGAGCAUGCGGGCGGUGGUGGAGCCGCUUACCACCGCUGCCGUAUAUUGCGGGCCCAUCGGCUCAGGCCUAAAGACCAAGUACGCGGUCAAUCUCUACCUUAACACCAUGACGGUCGCUCUUGCAGAGUCGUUCAGUCUCGCUCGGGCGCAGGGCCUCGAUCUCGAUGCUUUCGGACAGGUACUCGACGCCGGUCCUAUGGCUUCCGCAUAUUCGAAGAUCAAGGUCGCCAAAGUUGUCAAUGGGGAUUGGGACCCACAAGCAUCUAUGAAGGAUUGCUACAAUAGCAUGCAACUCAUCACCGAAGCCACGAAGCGGGCGAACGUACAGUCGCCUCUGGCAGAGUUGUGUCGUUCGAUCUACGGCCAGGCGAGCGAUGCCGGCCUGGGCGAGGAGGAUAUGAUUGCGGUGUACAAAGUCUUUCAGCCAACCCCACUCUAG